AAAAAAAAAAAAAAAAAGACCGUGAAUAGAUUUCAUCAUGGAGCCUUCAUCUCCGCCGCCAAGCCAGCAACCCCAGUUGCAAGAGGAGGCCAAGGCUGCUCAAGCGGUAGCCAAUGAGGCCAUCAAAACAAGCGCUCCCGACAGCAAUGUAUAUACGUUUGAUGCAGAACUGUCUCCUGCUCAAAAAGAAGCCCAAGCCGAGAAGAAGGCCAACCUGGGUACAAUCGAUAAACAGGCGCAAGAAAACAAAGCACCGCCCUUGGCCACGGACCUUGAUACUGCAGACACGUCAGAUAUCGCCGCUGCGAUUUCAUCGGCUGGAGCCAAAACCGUAGCACCCGCACCUGCAAAAGACCAAGACACGUACGAUAUUCCCGGUACUUUUACGGAAGGGUACCGCAAAGGUCUUCCAGAUUGGUAUAAAGUAGGCUGGACCGCAUUUUCAGCCUUGCCUAACCCGGGCGAUGAAGUCAUGAUGACCAACCUCAGUCAACACUUGGAUGCAGAUGCAUUAGCUGAAAUUUUCAAACCGUCGCGUACAGACAGUGGCGAGAAAACCGACGAUCUCAUAUCUCAGUUCCUCAGCGAAGCUUAUUACGGUGAAUGGUAUCAUAAUACGGCGGCGAUGAUCUUUGCCGUCUUCUUCACAUGGCUUCUGACUCGAUUUGGGGCCGGUUUAAUGGGAUGUCUUGUCGUGGGUGCAUUCUUAGCGACGUACUACCAAACAUCUAUCCGACGACUCCGACGUAAUGUUCGUGAUGACUUGCAGCGAGAAAUGAUGACCACCAAGUUGGAAACCGAUACUGAGACCGCAGGAUGGAUUAAUCACUUCUUGUCGCGAUUCUGGCUUAUUUACGAACCGGUAUUAUCAGCUCAAAUCAUUGGUAUCGCUGAUGCCAUUUUGAUUGAGAAUACACCUUCGUUCCUCGAUUCCAUUCGUCUCAGUGCAUUUACUUUGGGCACCAAAGCUCCCAUUGUCGAAAGCAUCAAAACUUAUCCCAAGACAGAGCCCAACGUUGUGUGCAUGGACUGGAAAGUCUCAUUUAUUCCCAACGAUGUACUGGAUCUGACCCAUCGUGACUUGCAAUCCAAAGUGAACCCCAAGAUUGUCCUGACCAUUCGCGUCGGUAAGGGUAUGAUUGGUGCUGGUAUGCCCGUUCUUCUUGAGGAUCUGGCCUUCAGUGGUACCAUGCGUCUGCGAUUCAAGCUGUUCAAUGAAUUCCCCCAUGUCAAGACCGUUCAAGCCUCCUUUUUGGAACCUCCCCAGUUUGAUUACUCUCUCAAGCCUGUUGGCGGUGAAACGUUUGGUUUCGAUAUCAAUAACAUUCCCGGAUUGCAGACUUUUGUCCAAGAACAAGUGCAUGCUACGCUUGGUCCCAUGAUGUAUGCACCUAAUGUUUAUACUCUGGAUGUGGCUGGUAUGAUGGCCGGUACCACUGAUCUAGAUUCCGCAAACGGUGUACUGGCUAUCACGGUAUAUUCCGCCUCCAAUUUGAAGGCCUCUGAUUUAUUCGGUACCUUGGAUCCAUAUAUCACUUUCCAUAUCGGCAAUGUGCACAACACCGAGUUGGGUCGUACCUCAGCUCACGAAGAUCAGAACAAUCCUAAAUGGGAUGAAAGCCAUUUCGUCCUACUCAAUAACUUGAAUGACUCUAUUUAUUUGCAAGUGAUGGAUCGUAAUUCGAAUCGCAAAGAUACCCCUGUUGGCGUUGCCACAUGCGAUUUGAAGGAUCUUGCUGAAGCCAACAACGUAUUGGAAGGAUUGAAUCUAGUGGUACUCCGUAAUGGCAAGGCGGUCGGAGAAAUCAAAUGUGAUAUGCGCUACUUCCCCGUGUCACGACCGGAUAAACAAGAAGAUGGCACCAUCAUCCCUCCUGCUGAAUCGAACAGUGGUAUUUUACGGUUUACGGUCCAUGAAUGCAAGCAACUCGGUGGAGAGAAGAAAGGCGGUCUUAGCCUUCCUUUGGUGGGAAGCUCGGAUGUCAAUGCUUAUGCGAUUGUCCGUGUGAAUGGCCAAGAACGUCUACGCACCAAAGCGUUCAAACGUAGUAUCAAUCCUCGCUGGGACAAAUAUGUGGAAGUUUUCGUCGCUGAUAAGACCAUGCUGGAUCUUGGUGUGAACAUCGUGAACAGCAAAGAAUUCAGUGAAGAUGAAGUCAUCGGUCGGUGGCGCUCGAGCUUAUUGGAUAUGGAAGAACAGUUAGUGAAGCAAGGUUUAGACUGGUGGAGUCUCAAGGAUGGCGCUGGCAAGAUUCAUCUCAGUGCUGUCUGGAAACCCGUCGUCAUGACAGGUUUUGCUGAAGGAUUGGGUCAUGGUUCUUAUCGUUCGCCCAUUGGUGUGGUGAGAAUUAAAUUCUUUGGCGCUAAAGAUCUCAAGAACGUGGAAGCGAUGACGGGUGGAAAAUCGGAUCCGUAUGUCCGUAUCUUAUCGGGAAUGCAAGUUCGUGGACAAACCGAAUAUAUCGACGACAAUCUGGACCCUACGUGGGAUACGGCCCUCUACGUGCCUGUUCACUCCAUUCGGGAAGACCUUAUUUUGGAAGUCAUGGACUACAAUGAGUUCCAGAAGGACAAGACUUUGGGUCAGGCUGAUUUGAUUCUCAAGGACAUUAUUCGGGAAACCACCACGCCUGAUGGCCAGAAAGUCUAUGAAGGCGUACAUAAAUCACCGCAGGAUCGUCACGCCGAUUUACUUAACCAUGAGCGUAAGAAGGGCAAGGGUACUUUGCAUUAUGAAGUGUCAUUUCAUCCUACCUUGGAGUUGGCGAAGAAGGAAGAUGAAAAGAAGGAUGAAACUCAAGCUGCUGAAGCCCCUGCAGAACAAACUAAUGGAACUACCCCAGCUCAGCCUGACACUGAGACCUCGACUGCUCCUGUAAAAGAAGAACUGCCCGAGAAAGAUUUGCAUGGUGAGCUUAUCAAAUAUACCGAAGAUAAACGAAUCGAUUUAUUGGCCUACAACUCCGGUAUUCUGUCCGUCACCAUUCACGCUGCUCAGCUGCCGGAAAAGGAAAAGGUGACGGCUGACAUCUUACUGGAUUCCAAUGAUGCCCAGUACCGCACUGCCCAGGUCAAGGGUCGCGACUUGCCUUUCAAUGAGACCGGUGACGCUUUUGUCAAGGAACUGGACUUCUCGCGCCUAGUGGUUCGUUUGAAGCCCGUCAAGGAUAACGACAAGGAAGAUUCCUAUGUCGGUUUUUGGACAAACCCCGUUCGCGAUAUUGUGAAGAAACUUCAAACCCGUUCGGCCGAAGAGCAAGAACUGAUUGAACUCAAAGGCGAAGAAUUCAAGUUGUUGGAAUGUCCUGGUGGUACGAUUCGCUUGAGCUUCGCUUACCGACCCGUCAUCCAGUUUGCUUUGGACCCCAGCGAAAGCCUGGAAAACCAGGGUAACCUCACGGUCACCCCGUUGAAAGCAAGCAAUUUGCGUGCAGCCGAUCGUUCAGGUACCAGCGAUCCCUUCGUGGUCUUCCGUUUGGAUGAUAUCAAGGUUCACAAGACAGAGGUGUACAAGAAACAGCUUAACCCGGUAUUCAAGGAUGAAGUCUUCACGGUGCCUGUUUUGCGCCGUAUUGGUGCACGACUGACCGCUCAGGUCUAUGACUGGGACCAGAUUGGCAAGGAUACGUUGCUCGGUGAGGCGCAAAUUCCAUUCAUGGCGGAGCAACUGGAAAGUUUUGCUGCCAAGGAAGUGGAAGUGGACCUUGGCGAGGGUGCCACGCUCAAAGUUCGCUUAUUAUGGCAACCACAAUUGUUGGCCAGAAGACGUACCGGUACUUCCUUGCUGUCGGCAACCACACGUAUGUUUACUAGCGCUCCCGGUGCGGCACUUGGUGGUGCCAAAUCCUUUGCUGGUGCCGGUCUUGAUGCUGGUCUUGGCGCGGGAGGCAAAGUAUUUGGUGCUGGCGGUAAAGUGCUUGGUGGCGGCGUGUCUGUCAUUGGUGGCAGUGUAUCCGCUCUUGGCAGUGGUAUCCGCGGUAUCGGACGUCUCGGCAAGAAAGAGAAACCGUCAGCCGCCGAUUCUCCUGUCACACCCAGCCCUACCAAUUCCUCUAUCAUUGCUGCCGAAGCACAUCCCACUACGAACGGUCAGCCUCUCGUUGAAGCUGCCUCGCCCGUCGCUCCUGCCCCAACGCAUAUCAGCCGAUCGACGAGUUCCAAUCUUCAAAUGGACCGAAAAAGUAUGGAUUCCACUAUUAGCGGAACAGCGGCACGCUCCAUUGUGAAUACAGACAGCAGCGAUGGGUCUGCCGGUCGCGACGGCACCAUCCAUGUGACGCUUUCUUCGGCUCGAAAUUUGAAGGCCAUGGAUAGAAGCGGUACCAGUGAUCCUUAUGUUCGUGUCCGUAUUGGCAACAAGGUGGUUUACAAGACCAAACAUAUCAAGAAGACUUUGACGCCAGAAUGGAACGAAUCGUUCUCUUACAGAAUCGGUUCCGGAAAAUCCGUGAUGGAUAUCAAGGUGAAAGAUCACAACACAUUGAAAGAUGAUGUGGAUAUUGGUGAAAUCACAUUUGAUGUCUGGGAGCGUCUCCAAAAUGGACAAACCGCUUUUGAUGGUUGGGUGCCUUUGACACCUGAAGGCACGGGCGAACUUCAUGUUCGUGUGGAAUUGAGCGACAGCCUGGAAAAUGGCAGCUCAGGUCGUGGACUGUUUGGCAAACGCAUCUAAUCUCUUUUCAUCCUAUUAAUGUACUAUGGAUUUAUUAUCUUUUUUCUUUCUCUACCUAAAAUUUGUACUCUCUAUUGGAUUAUUUCUCUGUAAAACGCAGCCAUAUUUUGGCAAUGGAUCUCCAAUAAAAAACAAUAUGAUUUUGCGUUCGAGGAACCUUAG